GCUUCCGGGGGGAGCGCCGGAGCUGUCAGCGGUGUGGCUGACUGCGGGGCGCGUUCGUGAGUGAGAGCUGCGCCCGCAACUUUGGCGGGGCGAGGGGCGAUAGCGGCGACACCAUCACCAUCCACCAUCACCAUGUCCGGCAACGGGCUCGCUUACAGCGAGCAGGGGGGAGAGGCGGCGCCCGAGCUGGCGCAGGAAGCGGCGCCCACCGUGACCCCUUCGGCUCCCGCGGCCUUCGGGCUCUUUAGCAGCGACACCAAGAAAAAUGAAGACCUAAAACAAAUGUUGGAAAGCAGUAAAGAUUCUGCAAAGCUGGAUGCUAUGAAGAGGAUUGUUGGGAUGAUUGCAAAGGGAAAAAAUGCUUCUGAGCUGUUUCCUGCUGUUGUGAAGAAUGUUGCCAGUAAAAAUAUUGAGAUAAAAAAGCUUGUAUAUGUUUAUCUGAUGCGCUACGCAGAGGAGCAGCAAGAUUUAGCAUUAUUGUCCAUCAGUACUUUUCAACGUGCUUUAAAAGAUCCUAAUCAAUUAAUCCGUGCAAGUGCUUUAAGAGUUUUAUCCAGUAUCCGGGUCCCAAUUAUUGUUCCUAUUAUGAUGCUUGCUAUUAAGGAAGCCUCUUCUGAUUUAUCUCCUUAUGUGAGAAAGAAUGCAGCCCAUGCAAUCCAAAAACUGUAUAGGUAA